AUGCCCAGCAAGCCGACGGACAUGUACAAUCAGGCACAUUCCUCGGCCAAACCCAACAAUGGCCUUUUCGGACAGGUAAACGUGAUUUUUUGGUAAUUUUAGGCAAAAUUAUGGAAAAAUAUGAAAAAUUUCUGGUUGAUUUUUGGAUAGUAUAUGACUUAGGAAGCCAGUAAAUUUCGGUUUUUGGUCAUAUUCGCGAGAAAUAUAGCGGUAAAAUCUCAAAAAAUACAAUUAUAGUCAUCAAAAUCGACUUUUUCACCGAAAUUUCGAUUUUUCUUCCAAAAAAAUCUUCAAAUAUCUACUUCAAAUGUCCCCAAAACAAAAUCCUCGGCCUAGAAUACACUCCGAAUUUGCAGAAUCAGCAAUCCGCGGACUCCAGCUACGCCUUUCCGAAGCAUCUUUACCAUGGGAAUGCGUAUCACAACAACCCGCAUCCCAGUCUCAUUUCCAACGCCUCGAAAACCCAUCGUUCGGCCGUGUCCUCCUCCUACUUCCACCAUCACAGCGACAGUCACAUCGUGAAUGCGGGCAUGGGAGUGGCCCCGCCUCCACAGGUGAGAUUUUUCAAAUUUUGAAAUUACAGGGUAACCCAAAUUUUUGACUCGUCAACGUUGCAAAACUUGGUGGAAAUUUAGACUAGGCCUUUCUAAGCUCUAUGCGAGAUUUUUACCUUGUGCAUUAUACAUUUUUAGACGAAAAAAACAAGAUUUUCAAGAUUUUUAGAUCAAAAAAUCCCAAAAAUUACAAAACUUUUUUUUCAAUUUCAGUUCCCAAAAAACUGGUUGUAGAUUACUGAUGAUUAGUAAAAUUUUUUCACAAAAAAUCAUAUUUUUCCAAGCCAAAUUCGCUAAGAUAUACCCCAAAAACAUAUUUUGUCUGACCGACUCUCCUCAUUUUGCGUGCUCUCUAAACACCGUUGAAUAUCUCCGCUGCAAGAGCAAUUUGCAAGCCAGAAUUUUCAGGGAUCCAUCUCUGACCCACGUAAGGUCUGUUUGCAAAAUUUGAGAAAGAUCCGAAAUUCUCACUUUUCGUAUAUUAUACUUGACAUCAAUGUAAUUUUUGAUUAUAAAAAUGCCAAUAAUAGCUUCCAAAAAAUCCCUAGACUGCUCGUAAUGUAACAUUAAAUAUUUUACGACAUUUUCAGUACUGUAACAACUACAACGAACUGAUUGCCAAGAGGGAUGCGCUGAUCGAGAAGGCGGAAAGGGCCCGUUUGGAAUAUGAAGAUGCCACUUUUCAGUUGCGCAAUCUCUCCUCCACUCUCUCACAGUCCUCGUUCAAGUCGUCGGUGUACGGCGCGGCGCCUGGUGGAGACUUUUUGGGAAUGGAAGCAAAGCAAAAGGUACGAAUUAUAUUGUACUUCAAAAAUCUCAAAUUUCUCAAUUCUAAGACCCUUCAUUCAUUGUGAAAAUCACUUCUAACUUCUUGUUCUUUCAGUCAGACUCGGUUUACCUCGGAUUCCCUCAUCAUCAACAGACCAGCAACGGAUAUUACACUACCUAUUCCAGCAACAGGACCAAUUAUUUUGCUCAGAAUCGACCUGAAUCCUCCGGUAAAUGCGUCUAAUCGAAACUAGAUGCUCUCUAGAGACUUACUACAGCCACUAUCAGCAAUUACCCUCAUAAUUUUUACUGAAAAAUGGAUAUUGUUUUAGGUCUCAUGUCUAGCGAACUUUUUGGUGGAAUCCCAUGCACCGCCGAAUCCUUCAGAUGCGAUCAAAGCGAUUAUCAGUGA